AGCAUGGGGACGUGCUACACGAGCGAGAUUCCACGUUUUCGCAUUAUUUCUCCAGUGUUAUAUGCAGCUUGGAUUGCUAUUGGAUUAGCACCAAUGGAAAGAGAAAUAAGAUACGACACCUUCAGAGUUAGACUAAUGUUGUGCCAAGGGAGGAAGUCUGUAUUACGUUCGACCAUAUGGCUCUUAAUUACUGCACUUCUGAUAGCAAUGUUGAGCUACAUUAACGAUAAUUGGAACUUCCGUGAAUGGGAUCUCGCGUUGGUGGCUUAUAUGUUUCAGAAGUGGAUGGGAAGAACAAGUCUGUUGCUUACAUACUGGAUUUGCGCUACAACUGGACUUCGACAUCUCCGGUCUUUCAUAAGGGCUUUGAGAUUCGCAGAUCACUGUCUAAGUGAAAACGAUGUACAAUAUUGGAAGAAGGCGCUGGGCAAUAUCGUCCUCGUGAUCUACUGUGUAAUAAUGAGCAGCAUUCUUGUUUCAGCACAAAAACGUUAUCGUGAAAUUUAUUCAAGGUUGAUUCUCAUUGUCGUGGUUUUCUUCAAGACACUGGUAACCCUGCAGUUCGUCUUUCUGGUUCUGGAACUGCGGGAGAGAUUCCGCAGUGUUAACGCCAGUCUACGGGAGUUGCUGCCACCUCUCAGCGUUCCCGAGCUUCGCGCAGUGUUUGGAGAGGAUUUUUGGGGUGUGUCACCACGGGCAGCCUCUGGGAGGCUGCGCCAGCUGAGGGAGGCGUACGUCGUGCUGACCCACGCAGCAGAGACCCUGCAGCAGCACUGUGGCCCACCGCUAGCCCUGAACAUCGCCUGCUGUGUGGGUGCUGCCACUUUCUACGCCUACGGAAUGCUCAGCUCGGCGGGAAGGCAGCUGUCACCCUACCAGUGGGCUGGCACGACUGCGCUGUGGCUGGCCAACCACUCUUUCCGGCUGGUGGCGAUGUCGCUGGCGUGUGCGGCGGCUGCGGACGCAGCAGCCGACACUGGGCCACUGCUGCUCAGGGCGUCCGCUGUCUGCGACUGGCGCGAUCCAGAGCUGGACGCCUUCAUGCAGCUCACCCUGAGAGGACCACCACUGUGCUUCACGGCCGCUGGACUGGUCGUCGUAGACAGGCGCCUUUUGGUGUCUGCACUCGCUGUGGUCGUUUCCUACCUGGUCGUCCUGGGGCAGCAGUGAAUAGGGUCCGGUGGGGAAAUGGUACUGAACGGUGUCCCUAUUUGCAAGCAGCAUUGGGAAGCCCUGAGUGCCUUAUAUACCUCUGUUGCAUCAUCGGAGUGUGUUAUAGGGUUAGCAAUAAAAGUAUGUGAAACUUCCUGGCAGAUAAAAUUUUUAUUCUGGACCGAGACUUUCGUGGGCAAAUGUUCUAACGACUUCCUUUUUUUUGGGAAAGGGUGGGGGAUGGAGCGUGGUGGCAGAAAGGGGAGGGGUUACCACCCAACGCUCGGCCGAUGUGUCAUCCUGAUCACAGGUCUGAAACUGGGGAAGACACAAAUGGUUCUUGUUGUGUUUUUUUAUUAUUAUUAUUUACGAAGACCAUACUCACUAGGUAAAGAAAACCAUACAGUAAGCGUAUUGUCCAGAUCGUCUUCUCAUAUGAUGAGGAACUCUGUCGCCUAUAUACACGAGAUGACAUCUACCUAAAUCGAGAAUUGUCAUCGUCCAUCUCUUCUCGCAUCUGGAACACCCCAGAUAGCUGGAGGGUUCACGAACAAUGAAUCCAGAUACUUGGGAACCCAGGACCAGUACUUUGUCCAGGACUGUAAGUCUGAGUGUUUGUACAGCAGGAAGGAUCAGUAAUCUACCGCAUCUUUGGCACCAUCGCUGAAGAAAGAGUGCAGCAACAUUCGUGUAAUCUAAUUGAUUGCGUUUGUCCUGAAGAUUGGGAAGUAGAACGUAUGUGGGUGGAAGAGUGCGUCAGAAUCAGUGGACGUAGGAGGCCAUCAGAAGAGUAGGGCUUAAAAUUCUUUUUGUCAACAGCAAACCUGCAGUCGCCAUACCACAUAUCAACCAACCUUGUGGAGUCGCACUAGUUCACGUUUCUGCACACCGACUGAACUACCCAAGCACGACUCAUGACCCAUCCUCACAGCUUUUCUCCCGCCUGUACCUCAUUCUGGAAACAUCUCUCAAUCUCCGUAAUACCCGUUCUUCCAGGAGUGCUUGUCUUGCAGGUUUUGCAAGAGAGGUUCUUUGAAAAUGGGAUGAUGAUGUAAAUUUGUGUAGGAUGGUUGUGUGUCGUGCUUGGAUAGCUGAGUCGGUUGAGCACUUGCCUACAAUCGAGUUCGAGUCUCGGCCCGGUACACAGUUUAUCUGCCAGGAACUUUCAAACCAGUGCACAAUCUUCUGCAGAGAGAAAAUUUCAUUCGUAAAUAAAAGUAAGUGGUAAAUUAUUCUUGGCUAUGAUUCACACUCCACCGUUUGUCUUUAACUAUUUUAAAUAUUUUAUGUGAUUUUGCCUAUGCAGCAAGUGGUGUGGCAGUACCAGUGCCUAUCGGCUCUCUAUAGAUGGACAUAUUUCAUUAAAUACAUAAAGCUGUGACUGGUGUCCCACAUACAGCCGCUGAUGGAAUUUCCCUUCCUUCUUCAUCCUCACCAAUAUUUCCUAAAAAUUAUCGUAAUGGUUAAUUUCCCUCUGACAAGCAGUGAAGGAAAUGCUCUUGUCUUCUCCCAAUUACGCUUCUUUCUCUUUCCAUUUCUCAGUCAGUCACUUCACUUCCUUUCCCCUGUUUGCAUUUUAUCACACUGCUCUAUUCCUCCAGCUUGUACGCUUUCUCUCAUAGUUUGAAUUACUUUCCUUAAAUUUGUUUCUAUUGUGUUUCUCAAAAGAAAUUAAACGAUUUUUUCCUUUGUUUCUGGACUAAAGUAAUUUGUAACUGUGUAAGUAGGCUGUUUAGGUUUUUUUAUUGGUAACGCCACAUAGCGCUCUGUAUGAAAAAUCACUGGCUGUGCUGUGUGCAGUCAGUGGCUGGUUGGCAUUGUUGUAAUACUCGCCAUUGUAGUGUUGGGCGGCUGGAUGUUAACAGCGCGUAGCGUUGGCACUUGGAGGUGAGCCGCCAGCAGUGAUGGACGUGGGAAGAGAGAUGGCGGAGUAUUGAAAUUUGUAGGAAUGGAUGUCAUGAACUGAUAUAUACAGUAUAAUUUGACUAUUAAGGUAAAUACAUUGUUAGUUCUCUAUUAAAAUCUUUCAUUUGC